CUUCUCGUCCCGUCGAGAAACCGGACUCGAUACUGCGUGUGCUGUCAGUGGCCCUGAUAAACCCAACAAAGAAGACUGAUGGAGUUGACAAGAUGACAUGGAUAACAUCAUCUGCAAAUUGCGUUAUAAUUGUAUCAUUAAACGCUGGUUGAGGAAGAUCAUUCACAUAAAUAUUGAAUAGAAUUGGACUAAGACAAGAACCUUGUGGGACACCAGCUGUCAUUAUAAAAGGCUCUGUUGACUUGCCAUGAAAGAAACAUGAGUCGUUUCAAUAAAGUAAGAGCGUCCGGACUUAUUAUCUUUCGCCGGGUUUCUGAAGAAUUUGAGUAUCUUCUGUUAAAAUCAUCAAGGCCAGAAGGCCACUGGACUCCACCUAAAGGACAUGUAGAUCGUGGUGAGUCAGAAAUGGAGGCUGCCAUUAGGGAGACAGAAGAAGAAGCAGGUCUUAGAUCAGAACAGCUCACUGUGAUAGAUGGUUUUCAAAGAAUCUUAGAGUACAAUGUGGAAAAGAAGCCCAAAUCUGUCGUCUAUUGGGCAGCCGAAUUAAAGAAUCCCACAGCAACUGUAUCACUUUCCAAUGAACAUGUUGAAUUUAGUUGGGCACCGCUUGCUAAGUCUUGCGACCUUGCAGGCUUUCCUGAUUUGGUUUCUGCUCUUGAAGACUGUGAAGAAUUUCUACAAAAUUUUUACAGCAAAUGAUCUUUUAUUUUUACUGGCAUGUCUUAGAUAUCAGACUUUGAACUUUAUACAUAUUUAAAAGAUAUACGAAAUGGAUGUACGGUAAGCGAGGUUUUAAUUACGUAUUUGAAAUACUGUACAGUAUUAUAUUUUAGGAUCAAAUUACUCCUGCUAAAUGGGCAAUUUUUUUAGUGAUUAAAUGGCUGUUUGGAGUUGCAUCCAAACUGUCAUUUCAGGGUGCCUAUGCAAAGACACUGAUGUGUGAAUGAUGGUGAAAGUCUCUCUUUAUUGGGUCACCCUGCCUCGGUGGGAGAUGGCCGACAUGUUAAAAAAAAAUGAGGUUCUUUGCUAUGUGUCUUUCUGAUACAAAUACUGUAUUUAUUGUAGUUACAUAAGCAGAGUUGUACACUAGGUUGUAGGUAAUGGAAAAAAUAUUUUCACCAAUUCUCACUACAUGUACCCUUUUAUACACUGCAUUAUUUAUAUUGGAAAGCACCCUAUUCAGAAUUUCUGAAUAUUUAUUGUUAUUAAAAAACAAAUGGGCUUUAUCAUUGAUUUGUCUCCUUGACUGUUUUUGGUUGACAAAAACCCUUUGAAACACUAAAUUUGUAUGGGUCAUUCAGCAUAGAGCUCCUAGGAGGCCCAGUUCUCUGUCCACUAAAUAUGGUUUGUCUUUUAUCUGUUAGGCUAGUGAUUCCCAAAGUGGGUGGUGGAAAGCUCUGGGGGGGGGAGGGGGGGGAGGAGAAAGGGGGUGACAGAAGGGUGGCAUCAGGCCAAAGUUCAGAAAAUCAUAUCGAGACUUGGUUACCAAAAAAAAAAAAAUUCUGACUGCUAUCCUGCACUGCGGAACAAAGUCAAGAUGUACCUUCCCAACAUCAUAUUUAGUAGAGAAAAGCUUCAGUGUAGUUGCCAAGCUUCUUUCCAAGGAAAGAAACAGACUGAAAAUUACUGAAUGCAGGGGUCUAAGGUUUCUUCUGUGUCUUCAAGCAUGAUGUUGAAAAGCUGAUGUUCCUGCACCAAGCACAUCCAUCUUAUUAAAAUUGUGAAGACAAUAUAGUUACAGAUGAGAUGUAAAUUUACCCUUUCAUAUUAUUAAACUGAUUUACUAUAAUUUCUAUUUAUGAAAUAUUCUUGUUUAUAGUGUUAGAUUAGUUGUUUUGAAUUUGCAGUAACCCUAAAUAUUAUCAAGAAAGAGAUGUGUUCAUGUGUGUGUGUGGGGGCACUAGGGAUGUGGCCUAAGAGCCAAGGGGGCAGUAGCCUGAAAAAAGUUAUCGAACCACUGUUAGUAAUUACCUAUAUUAUAACAAGCUUUCAGUGGUUAAAGUUAUUUUGUUUUAAAAAUUGCCUUGUAAGCACUGAAAAGUAAAAAAUAAUAUAAGUAAUGUAAAAUUAUAAGCUUUCAAUGAUGAUGUUCGUAGUCCAGUAGAUAUCAGAAACAUUGCCAGAGCAAAUGUAAAAGUUUUGAAGAGGAAACUGGAUUACUACCUCUGCCAUGUGCCAGAUCAACCCAGCUGUGUGGGCCUGUGGGCUGCUAACAGCAGUAGCCUGGUUGAACAGGCAAUCAACACAAGGAUGGUAUCAUUGUAAUGUGUACUUAAAGUUGGGGCCAUCUCCCAGUUUACUUCCCAACAGUGUUUAACAUGAACAGAGGCUGAAAAUACCUGUGUAUGUGUGUUGGGUUUGAGGAAGCCUGGGCUGAAUAUUCUUGUGUGUUUUUUUUUUUUAUAUAAACACCCAACUGGUAAUCUCUGUAUCAAAUGAUGGCAUUUGCUGUAGCUAUUAUUUAGCUUUUAUUUAUGUACAAUAUGGAAUGAAAUUCAGAGUGAAUAUACAAUAUCACUUUGGCCUCGCUUUCUGCCUGUAAUACCUGCUUUACUUCCCUAAAAUCCUGUCACUACCAUCCAAUAUCUUUCAUAAGCACUAGUGUAACACAGACUGACACUUGUAUAAGUUGGUCUUCAUAUCAACAUUCCGGAGUAGCAGAUCACUACAAUAGUCUUACUGGCCCUUCCACAUUUGAUGCACCAGCCACUUUUCCACCUUCACCUGAUGCAAUACCCUCCUCCCUCGUCUUAGGAGAGGACAAGAGAGGGGGUAAAAGAAGUUUUGUGUGCAAAGGACUUGAACAUACAGCAGGCAGGUGUGAGCAUGUUAAAUGGGAAUGAAUGGAGAUGAAUGGUUUUUGGGGCUUGACAAGCUGUUGGAGUGUGAGCAGGGUAAUAUUUUGUGAAGGAAUUCAGGGGAAACUAGUUAGCCAGACUUGAGUCCUGGAGGUGGGACGUACAAUGCCUGUACUUUAAAGGAGGGGUUUGGGAUAUUUGCUGUUUGGAAUGAUAUCUGAACUGCCAUAUCUGCACACCUCUGCAAAGAUAGUGAUUAUGUGUGAAUGAUGGUGAUAGUGUUCCUUUUUUGGGCCACUCUGCCUCGGUGGGAAACAGCUGGCGUCUUCAAGCAGGCACUGGACAAGCACCUAAAGUCAGUACCUGACCAGCUGGGCUGUGGUUCAUACGUUGGAUUGUGUGCGGCCAGCAGUAACAGCCUGGUUGAUCAGGCCCUGAUCCACCAUGAGGCCUGGUCACAGACUGGGCCUUGGGGAUGUUGAACCCUGGAACUCUUUCCAGGUAAACUCCAAGUGUGUGUGUGUGUGUAUAUAUACUAUAUAUAUGUUUGUGUGUGUGUAAAUGUGUGUGUAUAAAUAUAGGUGUGUAUAUAAAUAUGUGUGUAUAUAUAUAUGUGUGUAUAUAUGUUUCCCACCGAGGCAGGGUGACCCAAAAAGAAAGAAAAAACUUUCAUCAUCAUUCAGCACUUUCACCAUCACUCACACAUAAUCAGUUUUUGCAGAGGUGCUCAGAUAUGACAGUUUAGACGAUCCUCCAAACAGCCAAUAUUCCAAGCCCUUCCUUUAAAGUGCAGGCAUUGUAUACGUGUUUAUGUUUGUAAAAUGUGUACAGGAUGGCCCCGCUUAUAUUGAAAUCUUGGAAGAUGUGGAUCAUUUAUCUUACCAUCUUUACCUUUCUUACAAAAAUAAGCCUACAUCUUAAAACUGGCUUUCAUCAGACAACCUCACUUGCCCUGUGACACUCAAGAUUUACAGCUAAUGUAACACAGCUAACUUUCUACUUUCUGUGCAUAGCCACUUUUUCAUGAAGUGGAAGAGGCAUUAGAUUAAGAAGUGUCAUGAACCACACUGGCUGACGUUUCCUAUGCCAGAGAUGCUGACUGCAAAAGAAUGACUAAUUGUUGCCACUGUAUAUCUGUAACUUGUUCAGCUAUUAAAAAUUUGUGGUCCAGUCCCUGAACCCAUUAUGUACCUCUGUAAUCUUUUCACUACUACCCACAUGAUGGGCAUGGGGUGCAUAAUAAAGAUGUUAAAUUAA